CACCCGCCGUGGCCCGGCCAGCGGUUCUUCCCUCUGCGCUCCUCCCGGCGGUCAUUCCUCCUCUGGUCGCCUGCUAGGGAUGCACGACCUGUCUGCAAGGGAUUCCCACAUGGCGGGGUUGGUGUGGGCAGCCCUCAUCUUUGCAAUGCAGAGUUGGUCGGCCGCCAGGCCUGGUGCUGGAAAGCAGCUCCCCGUAGAGCCCGUCCCCGGGGAUCCUGCCAUCUUCCCUUCCGUGGACACGAGCAAGCCAGGCGGCGCUGAGGCAGGAGGGCGAAGAUGCCGGGAAUGGGGCUUCUAAGAGAUGCUCUUUCCCCUUUGGAAACCUGACCGCCGCCCCUGCCCCGCGCAGCAGCCCGGCUUGGAAAGGAAGCGUCUCCCGGCGGCGGGGCGGCCUCGGGGGGCCCAAGCGCGUGGCCUCCGCUGGGGAUGCAUUGCCCCGCCCCCCGCUGCAGCUGGUGCCCGGAGCCGGCGAUGCGGCGGCGGAGAAGGCCCGUGGACCCCUGGUGCUGCCUGCGCCCCCCCUGGCGAUGGGGAUGGGGCUGUGCCUGGCUGAGCUUUGCUCUGCUGUGCCUGGCCACACUCUCCUUGCUCUGCCUGCAGUCUGGGCUCGUGCUGCGCUUGGCUCACCAUGGGGCAGGAGGACCCCCAACCUCUGCAGCUGCUGCUGCUUUCUCCCGGAGCCUCCAGCCGCACUCCAGAAGCAACCGGACUCUUCAGCGGCUCCUGGGUGCUGGGCCUGCCAGCCUUGCCUCUGCCCAGCAGGCUCCGUUGUGGCACUCCUUCCUCUCUGGCCUGUGGAGAUUCUGGCAUCGCCUUGCAGAGGGGCUGGGCAGGUCCUGGCAGGGCUCCAGGACGACUGUCCAGUUGCAGCCCCUGCCCUGGGCUGCCUGGCAGAAGCAGCUCUCUUCAGGGGUGCUGGGCCCCCGCCUUCAGCAAGUCUUCCAGAACUACCAAGCCAUGAAUAAGUACCGGGUGCCCCCGGGGGCCGUGCAACGCCGAGGGAACCCCCAUGCCGCUGGGACAGAGCUCUUGUGCCAGCUCCAGAGCCGCGUGGCAGUGACCACGCUCCUGGGGGACGAGGGGCCCUUUGCAGACCCAGAGUGGAGGGGGCUGCUGCCCCGCAGGAGCCUGAGGCAGGAGCUGGGCCCCCUGGGGAAGUGUGCCGUCGUCAGCUCUGCUGGCUCCAUGUUGGGCUCCGGACUGGGCAAGGAGAUUGACUCCCAUGAUGCUGUUCUUCGUUUCAACGGAGCCCCAACCACUGGCUAUGAGCAGGAUGUGGGCACCAAAACUACCAUCCGCCUCGUGAAUUCCCAGCUGAUGGCUUCUCCUGAGCAGCACUUUCUGGAUGACCAACUCUAUGCGCAGGGAGCCUUGGUUGCAUGGGACCCAGCCCCUUUCCCAGGGGACCUGCAGGAGUGGUUCGAGGCCCCCGACUACCCCAUCUUCAGACCCUUCCGUGCGAUGCGCUCCCAGAGGCCCCAGCAGCUCUUCCACCUGCUGCACCCGCGAGUGCAGUGGCAGCUCUGGGGGCUGGUGCAGGAAGGGGCACCUGAGGCAGUACAGCGGAACCCACCCUCCUCAGGGCUGCUUGGGACAGUGCUGAUGCUGUCGCUCUGUGACCUGGUCCAUGUCUACGAGUUCCUGCCCUCACAGCGCCAGUCUUCACGGUGCCACUACUACCAGGACUUUGUGGAUGAGGCCUGCACGCUGGGUGCCUACCACCCGCUGCUCUUCGAGAAGGACCUGGUUCGCCGCAUGAACCAAGGCUCGCCGGCUGACUUGGCCCGGCUGGGGCGGGUGACGCUGCCUGGCUUCCGGGCUCUGAAUUGCACCCUGGAGGAGUAGCAGCCUGGCCAGGGGAGGCAUGCCAUGAGGGGCCCGGGACACCCCUGCUCCUUAGCGGCCUGCAGCCCCCGGGGGGGAGAUGGGGGGGAGAGAAGGAGACAGGACCUGGGGGCUGAAGGGCACAGCCAGACCAAGCCAUGGCCCAGGUGGGGGUGGCAGGGCUCCCUUUGUGCUCCCCACAGGCAUCUCAUGGGCCCCCACAGUGGGUGGAGGGCACAAAGGUCCCCCUUGCAGGGUGUAGACAGAGGCGGACCUUCCUUGAAAAAUAUGAAACUGAAGCUGAAUCCCAGAGGAGCCCCAGAAGCGACUUUGGCUCACGUUGCUUUAAAAAACGGGGUCCAGUCAACCCCCUUUGAGUCCCAUGACUCAAACUGAUUAAUUCUGGGUGGUCUUUCUUUCGACAAUCCCAAAGUUGAAGAGUCAGGUGCUGCCAUUCUGCUGUAGAGCACUCCAUCUUGUCUCCAGAAACAGCUUGGAAACUCUCAGGAUGUGAAUAUGUUGCUUGAAAAACCAGAAAAAAAGAAUCAUAGAAUCUUAGAAUUGGAAGGGACCAUGAGGGUCAUCUAGUUCAACCCCCUGCAAGACUGGAAUAAAGAGUAUUUUAUAAAACAUGCUUCAUGUAGUAUGUAUUCUCAUAGGUGUCUAUGAUGGAAUAUUAUAUUAACUGUGGUCUUUUCUAGGUUUUAUUUCAUCGUUCAAUGAUGCUUCAUGCAUGUACGGUAUAGAACAUUUCUCUCCUUUUCACCCCCCUGCAUAGACAUAUAGAAUCAUCAAUUCAUAGAAUUGGAAGGAACCUGAGGGUCAUCUAGUUCAACCCCUCCAAGGAAGGAAUCUUUCACCCAGUGUGGGGCUCAAUAAUUAUAAGGCAUCAGACAUUUUUAUUCACCUCAGUGACUUGGACAGGUGAGAAAAUCCAGGACAGCCGUUUUAAUCCAUAUCAGAUUUUUUUUAAAAA